GGAAAAGAUCCUUGGUUCUAGCUUAAUUCAAACAUUUAAAAAGGAUAUAAAUAGCAUUCAAAACGUUUCCUAAAAAAAAGCAUUCAAAACGAUAAAAGAAGCGCCAAACACAAAUCCAGUGGAAGCAAAGAAGCAAGCUCGCAACAAUGGCGGCAACUGAUUCUCGGAAACAACUGCUUACUUUGAUUCGCGAUUUUGCUGCUGAAAAAUCUCAUGGAGAGAGAAGAGUCUUCAGCUUGAAGAAGCGUAUCGAGGAGCUUGAAUCAGAGCUGAAUUCAGCAAAUUCAGAGCUUGAAAAUGGAAAGAGAUUCAAGGAAACAACCGAUCAAGAGCUCAAAGGUUUUGAGGUCGAAUUUUCGAUGAACGAAGCUUCAAAGCAAACCCUAGAGGCAAGAAUUGCUUCGAUUCAAGAUGAAAUUUCGAAAGUAGGAUCUGAUGUUGACGUUCUUAAGAAUGAAGAAGCAGCUCUUAGAGAUGAAUUUAUCGGCCAAAUGCUCAACUUCAAGACUGAGAUAAGAAAAUUUCAGGAGUUUUCCCGUCCCAAUCAGCAGCCAACUAGUUGCCUGAGAACUUCAUCAGACAGUGGAGAUGCAGAAUUGAUUGAUCUUGAGAAGAAGGUCUCUUUCACAGUUGCUCAGACUGCAACAGAAAAAGAAGAACGUGAAAGGGAACAGAAUCUACAUAAGCAGCUGCAGCAAGAUGUUGUUGACUUAAGAAAGAGACUGGAGCUGAUUGGGACAAUUAUGAAGGACAUCAAGGAGUUACAGAACUUAACAAAAUAUCCUUAUUGACUGUUUAUAUACGUGUUUUUAUUACAGCAGUCAUAUG